AUGGACAACAUCUCGGAGAUUCUACAGACCAUUCAUAUUGGUGCAAUCGUUGCAACUUUUCUUCUCAACACUGGACAUAUUAAAAAAGCAGUAGACACCUUUCACGAAUGUUUAGUAAUCCUUAAAGGUAAAGCCCUGGAGACAAUCAAAGAACUUACUGAACCACUUGUUAUCUAUGUAUACCAUAACCUUUUUGAUGGCUAUACUCUUAUGCACGAUCACACCUGUGCAAUAGAAUGUGGUAAAAAGCUUCACGUGACACUACACAAUCGUGGCCAAAAGGAAGAAGAAGGGAAUAUAUUACAUAAACUAGCGUGCAUCUACUAUCAAACAAGCAAAAACGAGGAAGCAAAACAGUUUUACGAGGAGGCACUCAGCAUCAUGUAUGAGACUGGAAAUAAUCGCGGAGUUGGAAUGUGUUACGGAAAUCUGGGAGCUGUCUUUCAAUCUGUUGGUCAAUAUACCAAGGCCGAAGAAUACCUUGAAAAAGCACUAGUGAUCAGGAAAGAAAUCGGUGACAAAAGAGGAGAAGCAUCAGAUUACGGAAAUCUUGGAACUGUGUUUCAAGCUGUUGAUCAAUAUACCAAGGCCGAAGAAUACCUACAAAAGGCGCUAGUGAUAAGGAAAGAAAUCGGUGACAAAGAAGGAGAAGCAUCAGAUUACGGAAAUCUAGGAACUGUGUUUGUUUCUGUAGGUCAAUAUACCAAGGCUGAAGAAUACCUUCAAAAAGCACUAAUGAUAAGCAAAGAAAUCGGUGACAAACAAGGAGAAGCUGCAGAUUGCGGAAAUCUAGGAGCUGUGUUUAAAUCUGUUGGUCAAUAUACCAGGGCUGAAGAAUACCUUCAAAAAGCACUAAUGAUCAGGAAAGAAAUCGGUGACAAAAAAGGAGAAGCAUCAGUUUACGCAAAUCUAGGAACUGUGUUUAAAUCUGUUGGUCAAUAUACCAAGGCUGAAGAGUACCUCCAAAAAGCACUAGUGAUCAGUAAAGAAAUCGGUGACAAAGAAGGGGAAGCAUCAGCUUACGGAAAUAUGGGAAACGUAUUUCAAUCUGUUGGUCAAUAUACCAAGGCUGAAGAAUACCUUCAAAAAGCAGAGGUGAUAAACAAAGAACUCGGUGACAAACGAGGAGAAGCAUCAGCUUACGGAAAUCUAGGAACUGUGUUUCUUUCAGUUGGUCAGUAUACCAAGGCUGAAGAAUACCUUCAAAAUGCACUAGAGAUCAGCAAAGAAAUCGGUGACAAAAAAGGAGAAGCUUCAGAUAACGGAAAUCUAGGAACUGUGUUCCAAUCUGUUGGUCAGUAUACCAAGGCUGAAGAAUACCUUCAAAAAGCAUUGGCGAUCAGCAAAGAAAUCGGUGACAAAGAAGGGGAAGCGUCAGCUUACGGAAAUCUAGGAACUGUGUUUCUUCCUGUUGGUCAGUAUACCAGGGCUGAGGAAUACCUUCAAAAAGCACUCGUGAUCAGGAAAGAAAUCGGCGACAAACAAGGAGAAGCGUCAGCUUAUAGAAAUCUAGGAACUGUAUUUCUUUCUGUUGGUCAGUAUACCAAGGCUCAAAAACACCUUCAAAAAGCACUAGUGAUCAGUAAAGAAAUCAACUACAAACAAGGAGAAGCGUCAGAUUACGGAAGUCUAGGAACUGUGUUUCUUUCUGUUGGUCAGUAUACCAAGGCUGAAGAAUACCUUAAAAAAGCACUAGUGAUCAGGAAAGAAAUCAACGACAAACAAGGAGAAGCAUCAGAUUACAUAAAUCUAGGAAUGGUGUUUCAAUCUGUUGGUCAAUACAGCAAGGCUGAAAAAUACCUUCAUAAAGCAUUGACGAUAAACGAAAAAAUCGGAAACAGACGUGGUGUUGGAGCUUCAUACUUAAAUCUGGGAAAACUUUGUCUAAAAUUUCAGCUUUAUGAGAAGAGUCAAGAAUUUGCUAAUAAAGCACUUGAGAUAAGUUACCAAAUAGGGGACAUUGAAAUGCAGUUUAACAGCCACCUUAUCAUUGCUCUGAACUCGUUAGUGAUAGGAGGAAGCAUAACUGAAAUUCUGCGAAAUCUGUAUGAAAGCAUUCAGAAGUGCGAAGAAAUGCAUGAUUUUUUAAGACUGAAAGAUCAAUUUAAAAUUUCUUUUUUUGAUGAGCAUGUGUCCCCGUACCUUAUUCUUUGUAGGUUGUUGAUUGCUGCAGGCAGUCAUUAUGAAGCUCUUUACGUUGCCGAGCUUGGACGGUCCAGAGCACUGACAGACGUACUGUCAGAUAAGUACUCUGUAGAUAAAGGCGUAUCAGUCAAGCCACAGCUGUCACGGAUUGGUAUUGAGAACAUCAUGAACAAAAAUACACUUAGUUCUUGUCUUUAUGUUUCCUGCUUCGGUGAUGAUAUGUUCUUUUGGAUCCUCAAGCCAAACAAAAUGAUAGUUUUUCGACAAACGAGACUCAAAGAAAGUGCAGAUAAAGUGUUUGGAAAUCAGACAUUUGGUGGCUCUCUAGAUUUACGUCAAGACCAAUGCGAAGAUCGAUCAUUGUUUUCAUGUGUAAGUUCCCCGCCAUCGUGCAAACCAUCUCAGGGUGACAGCUUCGAGUCUUUGCGUCUUAUAGAAGAAGAGGAAGACGAAAAUCACGACUCUAAACCUUUAACCCUUGCUGAUGGUUACAACAUGAUAGUAGCUCCUGUGGCUGACUUACUCCAAGAAUCAGAAAUCAUUAUUGUACCGGAUAACUUGUUGUAUCCAAUUCCUUUUGCUGCUUUAAUGGAUGACAAUGGAAAGUAUUUAUCGGAUACCUUCAGGAUUCGUAUUGUCCCUUCCUUGGCGACUCUUAAGUUGAUUCAGCUCAGUCCAACAGACUACCAUAGUGCAACCGGUGCACUGAUCGUAGGAGAGCCAGAAGUUGGUGAUGUAUACUACCAAGGAAAACUUCUACAGUUAAACUCACUGCCUUGGGCCAGAAAGGAAGCAGAGAUGAUUGGGCGACUGCUCGGUGUUCAACCGUUGCUUGGAAGGAAUGCAAAUAAGCAGGCAGUCCUGGACAGCAUGCAUUCAGUAAGUCUCAUUCACUUCGCUGCUCAUGGUUAUGCUGAACGUGGAGAAAUAGCUCUCUCCCCUGUAAGCUCCUGCGGAACUCCACACGAAGAGGACUACUUAUUGACGAUGGCUGAAAUUUCACAAGUUCGACUAACAGCCAAGCUGGUUGUCCUUAGCUGCUGUCAUAGUGCACGUGGUCAGGUAAGGGCUGAGGGAAUUGUUGGAAUCGCUCGAGCAUUUCUAGCAUCGGGUGCACGCGCCGUGUUGGCGGCACUGUGGGCUGUAGAGGAUGAAGCUACUAUGUGGUUUAUGAAUCAUUUUUACGAGCACCUUGUUCGUGGUGAAAGCGCCAGUGAAUCUCUUCACCAGGCAAUGAAGUCGAUGAGAGAGACUCGCUUUUCUGACGUCAUGCAGUGGGCACCCUUUAUGCUGAUUGGAGAUGAUGUAACAUUCAAAGGUUUGUAUUUGAUAUUUAUAAUUUUUAGGUUUUUCUAGCUAUUUGUAGUCAAAAUGUGUGAAGUUUAUGUUCGUGACAACUCGUUAUUUUGAGAAAUAAGUUUUGUUAGUUUCUUUCUUUAUUGUUUUUUUCUAACCCUGUUCAAGACAUGAAAGUGAGGCCACUGGAGAGAAGGCCGAAUUCUAUUUUCCGAAUCUCAUGGAAUAUUUCGUAGGGCAUGCAUGCUCGGAUCUAAAGUAACUAACUAAAAUGAAAAUGUAGAAAACAGUAGUUUAGAUUCCAAACAGCAUAAAAAAUCAAUUGAAGUCAGAGAAGAGGAGUAAGUGUCAAACACACUUUUUCUUAAUGAUGUACCUGAUGAAAGAAAAAACGUAGCCUGGUACAGGUUCCGAGAUAAUCGGUCGGCGAAAUUGAGAAAGCGCGAACAGGCCCCCCCUUUUCUCAGAUUCAGGCGCUCAUAUUUUUGUACGCCUUUCACCUCGUCAUCCCUACUAACUGAGAGCCUGGAACAGGCUAUAAAAAACGCUGUGUGUAUUUUUUAGUCUUAAAACAGAUUAAUCCUGUAGGAACCAGGUCCAGCUCAGAGCAGGGUAUACGUACUAAUAAUUAUUACCGGUGAGCGAGAGUUUAAAAGCAGACGCAAAGAUUCCCUCGGUACUUAAUGUAGCCCAAGCAGCUGCAGGAGCAUUUUAUUUUGAAACUUAUUUUUUAUGGAGAUAUUUUUCUUUUUUUUUUUUCUGGAAAAUGAGCUAAGGGCAACUUCCUUGUCGUUUUCGUGUGUUCUUAAAACGAGGUUCAGUUUUGUCAUCAGUCGCCUCUUUUAUAGUCUGCUACACAGCCGUUUUUAGUGUCGACACUAAAAACGGCUGUGUAGCAGACUACCUCUUUUAUGAUGCUUGUUUCGCGGAGAAGUCGCAAGAUUUAAUAUUUCCCCAAGACUGUAUUUCAUUCGAUUCAAUUGGGUUCUACAAUACGUUUCGCUUUAGUUCUCUUCGUAGUCGCGAUUUUGUAACAGAGGAGAUUGUUGAUAUUUUGGGCAACCAUUACACGGGCUGCAAGGGAUAGCAUGGUUGUCUUGGUAUGAACCUCCUUCCUCAAGAUAUAAUCUGAUCAGUAUGCAAACAGAAAACGGAGGAAAUUAAAAUAAAAUAAAAUAUUCCCACUGCAUACAUUAUUGGCCCGUGACGCGGGAAUUAAGUAACUCCGUAAAUUCCGUCGUUUUGAGGCUGCGCGCUGGUGGCAUGAUUCAUCGCGGCCCUUGGUUACAUUUGCUUAGUUUUUGCCCGCCUCUUGGCUAGUUCAACGCAGGUUAGUGGAAAUGACUUAGAAAUUUCGCCCCUCCCACCUCCCCUGGUGGCGGUUGACGUCGCUAACCCUUAUUAUUCGGCAUGCCUAUUAUCCUGGCAGUCGCGGUUGCCUCCCAUAACUUAGUUCCCCCGUGUCGGAACAAUAGGUAUGCAGUGCGAAAUUUAUACAUACGAAUCGCAUUUAAGCUGAAAGUGAUACAAUACGACUUUACUAAACUUUUAGCAUAUAACUAAUUUCCUCAAAGUGUAAAGGUUUGCUAUUUGUUUGCCUUUGAAUGUGUUAGAGAUAUUAAGGUAGAAUAAUUAGCGAACGAGCAACAGAAGCAUGUUGAUCGAUGGCUAAAAUAAAUCGAUCAAAGAAUGCAUACGAACACAUACAUGAUUAUUUUUUCUCUUUGCAGGUGCAUUUGAUAAGAGCAGUUUAAAAGAUGGUGAAGGUGCAACGGAAACAAAGAACUUGUAA